CAUCAUCACCGUGCGCCGUCGGCCUCAGGCCAGCGGAAGAGGAGACAGCCCCAAGGCCUUGCGCACGCGCUUGACACCCUGGGCAUUGUGGGAAACAAGGCGCAGAGGCGUAAGCGGGCACAAUGGAUUGGGGGACCCUGCACACGUUCAUCGGGGGUGUCAACAAGCACUCCACCAGCAUCGGGAAGGUGUGGAUCACCGUCCUCUUCAUCUUCCGCGUAAUGAUCCUGGUGGUAGCCGCACAGGAAGUGUGGGGGGAUGAGCAGGAAGACUUUGUGUGCAACACGCUACAGCCCGGCUGCAAGAACGUGUGCUACGACCACUACUUCCCCAUCUCCCACAUCCGACUCUGGGCCCUGCAGCUGAUCUUCGUGUCCACCCCGGCGCUCCUGGUGGCCAUGCAUGUGGCCUACUACAGGCACGAGACCGCCCGCAAGUUCCAGCGGGGAGAGAAGAGGAACGAAUUCAAAGACCUGGAGGACAUUAAGAAGCAGAAGGUGCGCAUCGAGGGCUCGCUGUGGUGGACCUACACCGGCAGCAUCUUCUUCCGCAUCAUCUUCGAGGCUUCCUUCAUGUACGUCUUCUACUUCCUCUACAAUGGGUACCACUUGCCGUGGGUGCUGAAGUGCGGAAUUGAACCCUGCCCCAACCUGGUCGACUGCUUCAUUUCCAGGCCCACCGAGAAAACUGUGUUCACCGUUUUUAUGAUUUCUGCCUCCGUGGUUUGCAUGCUGCUGAACGUGGCUGAACUGUGCUACCUGCUGCUCAAAGUGUGUUUCAGGAGCUCCAAAAGGGCGCAGGCGCACAAGAACCACCCCAACCACACCCUCAGGGAGAGUAAGGAGAAUGAAAUGAAUGAGCUGAUUUCAGAUAGUGGCCAAAAUGCCAUCACAGGUUUUCCUAGUUAAGCAUUUCAAAGCCAGACCACAUUUGUCGCCUCCGGAAGGCGGUGCAAACCUGAAAGUUCCCUUGCUAGACUGAAGGGUCUGUCUUUUCAAAGGACUCUUGCAAUACAUAGAUACUUGAGUUAACUUUUUGUAGAAUAUUUGUACACCGUUUCCAUGCAGCGUUAUGAAACCCGUGGUGCGGCUCUGAAAGCGACCCUUGGGGUGACAGCUGAGCCGUGAAGUCACCAUCCCAGGUGUCUUUCAAGUUGGACACUUCGACCUGGCUGGUGCUUCCUGACAAGCUUAUGUCACUCCUGUUGAUAAAGAACAUUUAUCCAGAAAUUGCUCAUUUUAUUAGACAAAGGCAUAUUUUUGUAGAAUUGAACUUGUUGUAGUUCUGGUUUUGAAUUCAUAUAAAGUAUUUUUAUAAUGACUGGCCAUCCUCACCUGGAAAAAUAGACGAUGUGGAUUCUAGACUUAGACCACAAGUGCCUAACUGUUGAACUUACGAGGGUCUAUCCUGUAGAUACUAUUUUGAAUUGUCUGUUGACACCUUUGUGAAGUGUUGCGUGCCUCCUAAGGUGGACUGUACAAUGCGU